AUGCAUUUAUUUUCAUUAUAUUUAUUUGUACUAUUAUUUCUUAAUAAUCAAAUCAAUGCUGAAAAUCAUUUAUCACCAAAUUAUCAACAAUUAGCAUUAUCAAAAUGUUUUAUUAAUAAUUAUUCAACUUGGUUAGAACAACGAGAAUCAUUAAAUUAUUUUUUACAAUUUGCUCAGUUAUUUGGUAUUGAUACGAAACGAAUCGAACAAGAAAUUGAACGAUAUCGUUUACAAGAUGAAUGUUUAAAAAAACUUAAACAUCAUCCAAUGUAA